CAAGAAACAGGUCACCACCGACAGACCUGGCAACCCAGAGACAGCAGACCGUAUCUCUACAUAUACCAAGGGCUGUGGUGAAGAAACUCUUCGAUCCUUCAGCGCUGUAAUUCAUGCACCCCUUGGAGCGACAACAGUGAGAAGGUUAUAUGGCCUGCCUCUGUGUCUUUAAAGGUUGUAUAUUAACAACUUGAUGUGGCUGGUGAGCAGCCACACACGGGAACAGAGGGAGUGUGAAACUGAGUAGCCACCGACUCAGAGGAGAAAACCGACGAGGAUUAGGGUCCUGGGCAUUGUUCACCUUUCAGCAAGGUCGUGGGAGAGAAGAGACAAUUUCAUUUCUAGUGUUUGCAACAAAAUUUAAGAGGAACGUCUUGGAAUGUUCAGUGACUUCAUUGCACUAUACACAGACUGGACUGUAGGUCAGGAGAGGUGUUAAAAAAACAGAAAAAAACAACAAAUGAAAGCCUUUACCAGACCAUGGACUGUCUUUAACAGCUCAAAAAUAUAAAUACAGGGAUCUUCAGCGCUGAAAAUGGACCCAGGUGGCUGGUGGUUGUGUUUGUGCGCCUUGGGGAUUCUUGCUCCUCCGUGCUGGGGCAUCAGACAGUGUCUGGAUGGGGUUACAAUCAAUGUGAUCCUGCUGGAUGAUGAGGAGUCUCCCUGGAGCCUGAAGUUCGUGAAAGGAGAAAUACUGAAGGCCACAGAGACAGAUUCAGCCAUUAAUGCUGCACAAGGUGUGAAUUUUAAUCUCACGGCCAACUUUGGCGGGUUCAACACCACCUUUUAUCGACAUAGAGGCUGCCAGAGUAGCUCGUGUGAGGGAGUGGAUGAGCUGAAAACCCUGACGAGCUCAGGCGACCUGGGAUGUGCUGUGCUUGGGCCCACCUGCACCUACGCUGCUUUCCAAAUAGUUGAUGUAGAAAAAGGUGUGAAGCUCAGGACACCCAUCAUCUCGGCAGGAAGCUUCGGUCUCUCCUGCGACUACACACUCAACCUGCAGCGCCUCCUGCCGCCGGCACGCAAGAUCUCCGACUUCUUCAUUCACUUCUGGAGAGACCACAACAAGAUCAAACCUGUGUGGAAGACAGCCUAUGUUUACAAGAAACAGAGCAACACUGAGGACUGCUUUUGGUAUAUAAAUGCACUGGAUGCAGACUUAAGCAAGUUUGCCCAAAAUAUUAGAAGAACGGUGCUGCGCAAACAAGAAGAACUGACAAAAGUACUCACAUCACCCAAAAACAGGACAAGCAACUUGUUCAUCAUGUGUGGAUCACCAAUGGACAUAGUGGAGGUGAAAAAUGGCUCCACAGAAGCAGACAGCAGUGAGAAUCUCUUCAUCCUUAUUGAUCUUUACAAUGAUAAAUACUACAUAAAUGCAACAUCGCUGCCAUCCAUGAAGAACGUGUUGGUGCUGACGAUGCCCAAUACCAGAAGCUACAUCAUCAACACAGACGUGAAAGACAGCAACAUGAUGAAUGACUACAUGGCUGCGUAUCAUGACGCGGUGCUGCUGAUAGGCCAGGUGAUGAGGGACAUUGUCGAAAAACCUCAGUCGGAGAUUCAGCAGAUGGAGUUUGUCAAUGCCAAUUACUUCAGGAACACCUCCUUUAACGGAACUGCUGGAAGCUACAAACUGGACGAGCAUGGAGACAGAGAUGUGAAUCUGUCAAUCAUUUACACCACUAAUGACCUCAAGUACCGUAUUUUAUUCACAUUCGACACUGAGCACAACCGAACCCAAGUGGUUGAGACAGACCCUUCCUUCAUCUGGGGAAAAAGACUUCCCAAUUUCAGACCAAAUAUAGGUCCAGCAUCUCACGACAUUGUUGUCAUUGUGUUGGCCAUCACAGUGGCUGUGGUGGCCACCAUCGCCUUUAUUUUCUACAGACAGAACAGGAGAGACCGUCUGCUCAGGAAGCGCUGGUCAUACCUCCCCUCUGAACUUAUCACGCUGCUGGAGAAUAACGAACUCAAUGUCAUCUCUCUUAAGAUUGAAGACGAGAGGAAAGACAAGAAUUUCAAGAUCCGCCGUGCGCUCUACGAUAAGAAGAUUGUAAUUCUGAAGGAGCUGAAGCAAUCAGAUGGGAACUUCAAUGAUACCCAGAGGGUAGAACUUAACGCGCUCCUCCAAAUCGACUAUUACAACCUCACAAAGUUUUAUGGCACAGUGAAGUUUGAUCAGGGUGUGUUCGGAGUGUUUGAGUAUGGAGAGAGGGGGUCACUCAGGUACGUGCUGAAUGACAAGAUUUCAUACCCAGAGGAGACCUUCAUGGACUGGGAGUUCAAGAUCUCCGUUAUGUACGAUAUCGCCAAGGGCAUGUCCUACCUCCAUGCCAGCGACAUCCAGGUGCACGGUCGCCUCAAGUCCACCAACUGUGUGGUGGACAAUCGCAUGGUGGUGAAGAUCACAGACUUUGGCUGCAACAGCUUUCUUAGCCCCGGCGAAGACUUGUGGACAGCUCCAGAGCAUCUGAGGAAACAUGGCACUUCUCAGAAAGGAGACGUCUACAGCUUUGCCAUCAUCUCUCAGGAGAUAGUUCUCCGAAAGUGCACCUUCUACACAGAGUGCUGCUCCGACCGAGCAGAAAAGCUGUCCAAGGUCAUCAUGUCCUACUUCCGACCUGAUCUUAAGUUUGAGACGGCUUCAGAGAAAGAAGCAGAGGUUUAUAUGUUAAUAAAAAGCUGUUGGGAUGAGGAUCCAGAAAAAAGACCUGACUUUAAGAAGGUAGAAAACUGUCUGGGGAAGAUCAUCAGUAAAAUCCAUAACCAGGACAACGAGAGCUACAUGGACAAUAUGAUCAGACGGCUGCAGAUGUAUUCCAGAAACCUGGAGCACCUGGUGGAGGAGAGAACGGCUCUCUACAAAGCUGAGAGGGACAGGGCCGACCGCCUCAACUUCAUGCUGCUUCCUGGCCCAGUGGUGAAAAGCCUGAAGGAGACCGGUGUGGUGGAGCCAGAGCUGUACGAGGAGGUGACAAUAUAUUUCAGUGACAUCGUCGGUUUCACCACUCUGUGCCAGUACAGCACACCGAUGGAAGUUGUGGACAUGCUCAACGACAUCUACAAGGGCUUUGACAGCAUAGUCGACCACCACGAUGUAUACAAGGUGGAGACGAUAGGCGAUGCCUACAUGGUGGCCUCCGGUCUGCCGAGGAGAAAUGGAAACAGGCACGCGGUGGAUAUCUGCCGCAUGGCGCUGAACAUCUUGGCGUUCAUGGGUACCUUCCAGCUCCGACACCUGCCUGGCAUCCCUGUGUGGAUACGCAUCGGCGUACACUCAGGUCCCUGUGCAGCAGGUGUUGUGGGGAUAAAGAUGCCCAGAUAUUGUCUGUUUGGAGACACGGUCAACACAGCAUCCCGUAUGGAGUCUACAGGACAUCCCCUGCGGAUCCAUGUCAGUCAGCCUACUAUAAAUAUCCUGCAGAGGACGGACUGCAAGUUUGAGUAUGAGAUCAGAGGAGAAACAUAUCUGAAGGGCAAAGGCACAGAGACAACAUACUGGUUAACAGGUGAAACUGGAGAAGACUACGACCUCCCAACUCCACCCACAACAGAGAACUUCCAGCGGCUCCAGCAGGACCUCGCCCACAUGAUCCUGAUGUGCCUGGAGCGCCGCUCUCGGGGGUCUUUGCAGAUGAAGAAGCCACACCCGUGUCAGAGGAAGAAGGAUGACAGUGAUCAAGAAUCAGAGGUGGAGUCUGAGAGCGACCAUCCUGAGUACCUGCAUCUGGCCACCAUCGACAACACCCUCAGCACCUUCCUGUAGGACAAACCUCAGUGGGUGUUAUUAAACUAUUCAGUAAGAGUGGGAUAAAAAACCAGCAGGUAGAGGCGGAGAGGGGAAGGACUGCAGCCCUGUGCACAACAAAUUUUACCAGGUGUUGAAAAAUCUAAAACACAUAUAUGUACAAUAAUGUACAAAACCGAUUAUAUUUGUCAGUAGGGCCUCUCAUUUUUGGGCUGUGUUCCAUAAGAUGGACAAGGAUGUGAAAGACGUAGGAUGUAUGAGGAUAUAUGAGGAUCUACAGCAGACUUACAUUCUCAUUAGAAAUGAGAAUUUCCUGACUUUUACUUGCUUUUUGUGCUCCUUAUUGAACCCUUAGCUAAAAGUGCAGCAUCAAGCCAAGAUGCCAGGAUAACAGGGAGUCAAGCAGGGCGGCAACCUGCUUGUCGUAAACUCACUCGUCCAGACUACAUUCAAGUAACGUUCUUGUACAUAUGGACCUUUCUUCCACAUAUUCUUGUCAUUUACAGAGGUUCAUCAGUUGAUUAGAUAUGAAUUUAUUUACUGCUCGGUCUAAAACUAUGUCGGAGUGAGCAAACAAGAUCCCGGCCAAGAUGUUACGGUUAUGUUCAGUGCUCAAAAUGACUUUCACAUCUUUGGAAGGGAAUGGUGAGUGUGUCUUUGUUAAGCAGGAGGACAAUAAGAAGACACAAAUGACAAUAAGAGAAAAAUAAAAACAGAACAAACUAUACAUGUAGCUGUAGCCAAACUGUGGCAUCAGUGACAGUAUACAACAUCUUCGUCUGAUCGAAGUGACUGUACUUCUUAUCUAACUUACUCAGCAACCUAAUCAACGAUUAUGAACGUCGGUUCAAAUCUUGUACUGGGAACUUUAUUUGUAUUUAUAUUUUAAUGACAUAUCUGAUGGUGACGGCCUUUGACCGUACAUGCAUCUCCGGCUGGGAACUGGCUGCUCAUGUCAAACACUGGAGAUUACACUGAGGUCAGGGAGGAAACCCUAUUGCAUUGCUUGUUCUCAAAUGUUGGCUUUGUUAUUCUAUAGAUAUCAGUGCACAACAAGAUGUGAGCUAAUCGUGAUCAAGUCGUGGUGGUAAUAUCUGCCUCCAAAAUAAAAAUCAUUUUCAACUCUGUAU